ACUCGUGUAACCACAAAUAACAAUCAGCAUGUCCAGUCUUUUAGACAAAUACCAGCGUUCUAGGAAGUUAGGCUACAACCCCAGGAAUAACGGCGAAUCUCUUUAUCCAACAUUAUCUGAUCAUAACGACAAAAAUCCAGUUACCACCAGUUCGUUUUCCAAACCCGAUAGGUACAACGACGUUCGUCCUGACAGAGCAUAUAGAGAUGUUUCACCCAUUGUCAGAGAUAGAGUUCCUUUAAGAGACCCACUCAAAUCUUGGAGUAGCUAUAACAAAGAACCUGCUAUUCUCUCCACUAGAACGACUACCACUUCCGAAAGAUUUGCAAAAAAUUAUUCAGAAACUAAGCCAUUUAGAUCCCAAUUAAACGAGGAAAGAUAUAGCAGGAAGCUUACAAACGAUGAUUUGAAAAGUAAGUAUAAUAGCACUUAUUUUGACAGUAGGCUGUCAAAAUAUGGUGUUGAUAGAGUGAACCAGUCGAUCUAUGCAAGUGCAAGAGCCAGAGAUUACUACACCAAAAGAGAUACCGGAUUAGGUUCUCCGAUAAAGUCAUUAAAUUCACCAUUAGAUUCUACCAAGCGUAAAUCUAAAUCUUUGUAUAAAGUUUUGGGAAGCACUCCGAUAAGAUCAGGGGAUUAUAGAAUAACCAAGACGCCAAGAAAGAAACAUAACGUGCAAGAAAGCCCAGGAAUUCUUUCUCGGUUAUACAAAUACUUCUCUAAACCAGGAGAAAGUGAUGAUGUAAAAAUUUUAAAGAAUUCUGCCAGGAAUGUUCUCCAUAUCGACCCAGUUGCUGAAAAGAAAGUUGCCUUCCAUGAACCAGCCGAGUCAGUAAGAACAAGAAGACAAUUUGAAUUUGAUUCUGAAAAAGAUGUUGUUGAUGAAGCCAUUAGACAUUCAAAAGAGUUGAGCAUUGAACAUCAAAGAUUCAAAGCUCUUCAACAGCAAUACAAUAGACUCGAGGAAGAGUUGAAGCAUGAAAUCUCCAAUAACGAAAAACUUGUUGAACAAUUUAUUAAGGAUACCGAUGAUCUCAAGAUAAAGUAUGAACAAGAAAAGGCCCAGCUUCAGGAAACUAUUGAACUUCUCAAUGCUGAAAUUAGAACUAAAGAUGACAAGGCAAAGGAGAUAGUCCAACAACUCGAGUAUCUGGAACAUGAAAAAUAUGACUUGGAGCUUAGACUAGACGAUCUCACAAAAGAACUUGAUGCCCAGGUUGAAAAAAAUAAAAUCAUUCGUACAGAAAUGGAACUUCGAGAAAGGUUAAAGUCAAAGUUAGAGAAUGAUACUAUAUUGCAUGGUAUCUAUAAAGAAUCUGCCCAGAUUGAAGAAAAAAUACAUAAAUUGAUACAAGAAUAUCCGGCUGAGGAGUUACCAGUAUCACUCCUUGAAUCUAAUGCAGCAAACAAAUAUCAGAGGACAGAGGAGAACAUUAACAAUGCUUUAACAGAUUUGAAAGAGUUUACCCUACUGCUUGCUGACACGGACUUUGAACCUUAUGACAAAUUUUAUGAUAAAGUAGAAAACUUUUUAAACAAUGCCAAAUCAAAGAUCUGGAAUUUAAUUGACCCGAUAGCAGAGUCUUCGGGUUCAAGAAAUUAUUAUGAAAAGAUGCUCAGCAACCUAUUCUGUUUAAAGAGAUUGAACACUCUUUCCUACAAGCUGGCUCAGGUUAAGAAUUUAAUUAAUGAUUGCAAAAUCUUGGACGAGUAUAAAACAAGUGGGGUAGAUGUUCUGGCCAUAUACCAGAAUAUUACUCAAGAAACCCUUUAAAGUCAAUGUUAAUUAUUUUAUGUACUAUUAAUACACAUCGCUACCAUCUGUAAAA